GCUAAGCAGUUAGAUAUACAGUCACGUGACUACAGACUCCAUGCACCGUUUGGGACAGACCAAGAGCCCAUGAUGGUUGACAUAAGAACAUGUUUCGUGGUCUGCGGUUUUCUGUACUUUGUGCGUGUUGAGGGAUUUCCAAUAUACGGUGAGCUGUACGUGAAUGUGUCUCAGGGAAAAGCGGUCUGGGAUGCAGCGGAGAAAGAAUGUCGAAAAGAUGGAUUUCGCCUCACAAACUACGUGACUGUGGAGUCCUUAAAAAAUAUAGGUAAAGGCGGGGAAUACUGGAUUGGCGGCGUCAAAGAUGAAGAAGAGGAAUGUCCCAUGCUAAAUCUGUCUGGAAAAGGAGUAACAAAAGCCGAUUGCGCUGUCGAAAAGCAUUUCUUAUGCAGUCCCCCAGAGAUAGCGAAUAUGAAUCAUGUCAUAAUGAUCGCCGUUGGUGCUUUCACUGUCAUCAACAUGAUUUUAGUCACUAUCUGCGUUCUGAGAAGAGUAUGCAAAAGGCGGGCACGUCAACCAAAGGAGAAGAAGCCCAAGUCUACUUCGAAAAAGGAUGAUGCUAAAGAGGGACGAAAGAAAAAAGACAAACGACAAAAGAAGGACGCAAAGAUGACAGAUGACUCAAAACAAGAAACUCCCACCGGAGAAACUGGUAAAGCAGAGCCUGAAGAAUCGGCCGGUGGCGAUGAACAAACUGCAAAAACCACUGCCGUCGUGGAAGGUGGACCGACUGGAACUGCAGAUGCUGAACCUACAUUGACCACUGCUGCUGCUGCAUCAUCUGCAUCUGCGGAUGGAGACGCUGGCAAAGAUGAGAAGUUACCUGACCCUCCCGACUUCCUUUUGAAAGACUCGACUUCAGCUGCGGUUACAACUGUUGCAACCGACUCUACUGCAGUAUCUGCCAUUGUUGUAAGCUCUACAGCUACCGCUGUCUUUACAGCCGGCGUAACUAGUGCUGUUGACACUGGUAUUGCGUCAGGCAGCAUCACGGCCACGGAAACAAAGGUAGAGGCUGCGAAAGAAGCAGACGAGAAGAUGAGCUGUCAGGAAGCGCCUAAGGAUGGCCUUGGGCAAACUGAUGUCACUUAUGCCGAGAAUAAACCAUCGCUGAUGUCUGAAAUGGAAGCAAUGCUACAGGGGAAAAGCAUUGGGAGCAAGCAAGGGGAGGUAACUCCAAUCCUACCAACAGGGGAGGUAACUCCAAUCCUAUCACCAGGGGAGGUAACUCCCAUCCCACCACCACCUCCUCCUCCCGAGUAAGCUGUCAAGCAAGAUCCCAAAGCAGAGUCUUUAACAACGGGAUCAUUGUUUUUUCUUAAAUUUUCUUGUUCUCAUAUGCGUUUCCAUUUGUCAUAUUCAAUGGCGUCUAUAUCUAGGCUGAAGAAAUAAUCGUGCUCACAUAUGGGGGGAGAGUAUCAGUGUCUACAUUCAGUCUUUGUUGGCUGCCGUACUUAGAAGUACAUUAACUAGCUUUUAGAACGUGAGAACUUGAAUUGUAAUAUGUUGCUUACAUCAUUUUUUGUUAAUGCAAAACGUUUAAUAAACAGUUUGAGAUCCUUAUUUCGAACAUUCACAUUCUUCUACUUGCAAGUUUAUUUUUGUCGAUUUGCGCUUCCUUUUCAUUGCACAUGUAUGUUGACAUACCUUUUUUAUAAUCUCGUGUUCCCAUUCAAAAGCAUGCCCUUAUGUUUUCAAUGUAUACUCAGUCUAUUGAAACAAUAUAUUUUGAUUGAUGAACGGAUGAUUAAUAAAAUAAGCACAUGAUUACGUUCA